CACAGGUAUAAAAAGAAAGGUUUUAAACCAGUAGGAUAACAGUUCCCCAGCAAGAGCAGCAGCAGCACAGAGAGACAAAAUGACCUCCACCGGCAUGAACAUGAACAGCAGAAUCACCUUCUACGAGGACAGGAACUUCCAGGGUCGUUCCUAUGAGUGCAGCAGCGACUGCCCUGACAUGUCCUCCUACCUGAGCCGCUGCCAGUCCUGCAGGGUUGAGAGUGGCUGCUUCAUGGUUUACGACCGCUCCAACUACAUGGGAAACCAGUGGUUCAUGAAGAGGGGAGAGUAUUCUGACUUCCAGCGCAUGAUGGGAAUGACCGACAUCAGGUCCUGCCGCAUGAUCCCCAUGCACAGAGGUUCUUUCAGGAUGAGGAUCUACGAGAGGGAGAACUUUGGAGGUCAGAUGCACGAGAUGAUGGACGACUGUGACAGCAUCAUGGAUCGUUACCGCAUGAACAACUGCAUGUCCUGCAACGUUAUGGACGGCCACUGGCUCAUGUAUGAGCAGCCCCAGUACAGAGGCAGGAUGAUGUACAUGAGGCCUGGAGAGUACAGAAACUUUAACCAGAUGGGCAUGGGCAUGAGGUUCAUGAGCAUGAGACGUAUCAACGAGUCAUGUUAUUAGAUAUAGCUUUUACUGAUGUAAAUACGAGAAGCCAGUGAAUAAAAACAUUGAAAAAAAGGA